UUACAAGCUGAUUGUGAGGUAACAAGGAUGGUAAAGGCACGAAAAUACGUUGUAAAGAAGCACUUCGAAGGUGUGCCAAAACGUGAAGAUUUUGAAAUAGUGGAGUACGAUUUGCCCCCUAUUCAGAAUGGAGAAGUUCUUGUUAAAACAGAGUGGGUAGGAGUCGACCCGUACCAACGAGCCUAUAAUAGAAGAUACCCAGUUCCUUAUGAUCAAUUCGGUUUUCAAGUAGGAGUUGUCGAAGACUCUAAGGAUCCCCGCUAUCCCGUUGGCACUAGAAUAGUGUCACAUAACGGAUGGUGCGACUACAGCAUCAUUAACGCAAAUGUCCAACCAUCCAAUUCUCUUCUUCAUACAGUAUACAAAGCACCAGACCUAAAAGGUCUUUCACCUUCCUUGGCAGUUGGAGCUGUGGGUAUGCCCGGUGCCACAGCAUAUUUUGGUUUACUUGAAUUGUGUCAACCUAAGCCAGGUGAGACUGUUGUAGUGACUGGAGCAGCUGGAGCAGUAGGAUCGCUCGUAGGACAAAUAGCGAAGAUUAAAGGCUGUCGAGUUAUUGGUUUUGCGGGUUCUGAUGAUAAAGUUGAUUGGUUGGUUAAAGACUUGGGAUUUGAUAGGGCUUUCAAUUAUAAGACGGCAGACAUCCGUAAAGUGCUAAAAGAAGCUGCACCGAACGGUAUCGAUUGCUACUUUGAUAAUGUUGGAGGUGAAAUUAGCAGUAUUAUUAUGAAUCAAAUGAAUAAUUUCGGUCGAGUAUCGGUAUGUGGAAGUAUAAGUUCAUACAAUGAUGAUCCUACAAAAUUGGCAACUGCUCCAAUUGUUCAGAUGGAUAUUGUAAUGAAGCAAUUAAAAAUUGAAGGUUUUCUAGUACCACGCUGGUUGGGUCGUUGGCCUGAAGCGUUUUCUGAGCUCGUGAAAUGGAUUAAAUCUGGAGAUAUAAAGACCAAGGAACAUAUUACAGAAGGUUUUGACAAAAUCUUUGACGCAUUCGUUGGAAUGUUGGCCGGAGAAAAUACCGGUAAAGCAGUUGUGAAAAUUUAGAUGAGCUAUUAUUUUUUACUGUGCUUUAAUGUUAUU